ACUGAGGCGCCGGAUCGAUCACUUUAAGGUGGGAGAGGUUCGGGAGGGAUGAGCACUGGGCCAGUUGUGAGGCCGCCAGUCUGGUCAGUGCUGGAGUGGGAGGACAGUUCCCAGCCUGGUGCCAGCAGCAAGAGGAGCGUUGCACCCACUUGACCCACCUUGGUUCCGACCAAUCAUUUUGUCGUGGCAAUGGAGAAUUUUCCUGUAGGGAAGGAGCAAAAUCAGGAGACUAAUCGUAAGAAAAAGUGAUGUUGACAAGAGGGUCCUUUGGACGAACGUAAAGAUGAGAAGCAAAGUGUCCCUGUUUCAGGAAGCAUCGUCUAGGGAGUGUGGAAGGACGAUCAACCUGGACAUUGUGCUAUGCAUAGGAUGAAUCAGAUCUUGUUGGAGUGUUCUGAGGGAUACUCUUUCUUAAGGAUCCUGGACCUAAUACAACUUGGGUAGUUGUGUUAUAUCCGUGGUGAUUUAAAAGGAUGACAGUGAAGUUGGGAGACAGCAGCAGCGGGGAGGAAGGGCUCAAAAAGCUGGGCAAGAGAUCAGCAGAUGAGGAGUCCCUGGAAGGAGAAGGGGCUGGAGGAGGAGAAGCAGCAGAAGAGACCAGCCACAGCACAAAGAAAGAGGAGAAGAUUAUCAAUAAUAAUAAUAAUAAUAACCCUUCCUCCUCCAGCCUGCAGCAAGCUUCGUCCCCCCUUCAGGCAUCCUCCCAGGACCAGCAUCAUUUCUUAAGGUCCAGUGUGAGACCUCAGAGCAAGAGGUUCAGGAAAGAUUCAGCCUGUGCAGUUGGCAGUAGCAGCAAUAGCAGCACCAGUGCCAAGGGAAAAGGGGUAGACAAUGGAGGGCCAUCUUCUGGUGGUGUGUCAGGAAUCACUCCCAGUGCAUCUUCAGGAAGCUCUAAGUCAUCAGCCAGGAGCCUGGGCUCUUCCAGUGGAGAGAAAGAAGAAGGUAAAAAGGUUCGACGUCAGUGGGAGUCAUGGAGCACUGAGGACAAGAACACUUUCUUCGAGGGACUGUAUGAGCAUGGGAAAGACUUUGAAGCAAUUCAGAACAACAUUGCUCUGAAGUAUAAGAAGAAAGGCAAACCUGCAAGCAUGGUGAAAAACAAAGAACAGGUCCGGCAUUUCUACUACCGUACCUGGCACAAGAUCACCAAAUACAUCGACUUUGAUAAUGUGUUUUCUCGAGGACUGAAAAAAUCAUCCCAGGAACUUUAUGGAUUAAUCUGCUAUGGAGAAUUGAGGAAGAAGAUUGGGGGCUGCAUGGAUGAUAAGAAUGCUACAAAGCUGAAUGAACUUAUUCAAGUUGGGGCCACUACUGUUCGUUACAAAGGGAGAAAUCUUCGAAUCAAAGCUCCAAUGUGCAGGGCACUGAAGAAACUCUGUGAUCCAGAUGGUCUCAGUGAUGAGGAAGAUCAGAAGCCUGUACGACUUCCUCUGAAAGUUCCUGUGGAAUUGCAACCACGAAACAACCACGCCUGGGCUCGGGUGCAGAGUCUUGCCCAGAACCCACGCCUCAGGAUGAUUGUAGAACUACAUCGAAAGGUUUCUAGCCUCAUUGAAUUCCUGAAGCAGAAAUGGGCACUACAUGAAGUACGAAUUCGGCAAACACUGGACGCACGGCAGCUCCAGGACUCUAGAGAUGAGGAGGCAAGGGCACAGCUUUCAAGGGAGAAGGCUACCCUGCACCUCUUCCCUGGGGAGAACUGUACGCUCACGCCCCUGCCCGGGGUGGCCCGAGUGGUUCACUCAAAGGCUUUCUGCACAGUGCACUGGCAGGAAAGUGGUAAAUGCAAACAGAACACAAAGGACUCUCAUUUGCUGCCUCCGGCCCAAAUUCUAGGCAUUCAGAGCGGUCAGGGUACAGCUCGAGGCCAGGUGAAGUAUCCUCGGGGAGUAACUGAGACCAAGGGCUGUGGGAGGAGUGAGAAUAUGGCAGAGCUGACAAGAAUGUCUCAUCCUCCUGCUGAUGCUUCUCAGAGCUCUGGAGAGAGCUCUCCAGAAAGUGGCCCUGGUGAGGGGGCAGCCUUGAGUCUUAGUAGCCCAGAUGCUCCUGACAAGAUGCCUUCUGGGCCUCAAGACUCAGGAGGAAACUUGGAGAAGACUAAUAUGGCAGCUUCUAAAGAGGGCAGAGAUGCCCGAAUCAGUGACCAAACUUCUCUACCCACACCUGGAAGUAUAUCAUGUGCCUGCAGUCAGAUCCCUGACCUGGAGGAGGAGCUCUCUCUUCUAGAUCCGUUCCCUCGGUACAUGAAGUCCUGCCAGGACCUUAUCAUCCCAGAGAAAUGUUUCUGUACAGACAGAUUGUCUAGGCAAGAGCCUCCUACCCCCAGUGGAUCCACUUCUCCAGAGGCUCUACAAGCUAGUAAUGUAGAAACUGCUGACCCAGCAAUGGGUCAAGGACCAUCACUCACCAGUGCACUGCCUAGAGCUGAAACUCAGAUAAGCCAAGGUCCAGGCUUGCAACCAGAUGUUUGCACUAAAGAGUUACCAGAUGCACCUGCUGAGGACUUCCAGGAGAAGCUGAGCUCCUCCUUUAUGUCUCCAUCUCAGGGACAGUCUGCCACAAAGCCUCUGAAGGAGAGCCCAAGUCGGCUUGCCCAGCAGGUCAGAGAAGAGGGGUGGAACCUACAGACCUCCGAAAGCCUUACACUGGCUGAAGUCUACCUCAUGAUGGGCAAGCCCAACAAGCUACAGUUAGAAUAUGACUGGCUGGCUGUCCUGGAGCCAGAGACAGAAACCCAGAACUCCACGGAGCCCGGGCAGGACUCUUCCUCUGGCUCCACCUCUGCAGCCUUUCAUAAGCAGCGCUUGCUUAGCUGCCUCUUAAAACUAAUCUCGACCGAAGUUAACCCAAAACUGACUCCUGAAACUAAUGCUGUCUCUGUGGCUUCAGUAAAGCCAUCUCAAGAGGAACAGUCACUAACACCCCCAGGGAAAGUGAUCACCAUCAGUACCCGGAGUCCCCGGUGUGCCCGAAAUCAGUCCACCCUACGAAACAAUAAGAACUUCUCUCCCAACUCAUCAUCCAGCUCCUCAGGUUUGAGAAACCCUCCAAGACCUCUCCUGGUCGCUGCUCCAUCUAGUUCAGCAAACAGUGAUUCUGAUGGGGGACUUUUUGCAGUCCCAACAACCUUGCCACCCAAUAGCCGACAUGGAAAGCUGUUUUCACCUAGCAAGGAUGCAGAAUUGACUUUCCGACAGCAUCUCGACACAAUCAGUAUGCAGUCAGAUUUCUUCUUGCCAAAGCCAAGGAAGUUACGGAAUAGACACUUGCGGAAGCCAUUGGUGGUACAGAGAACACUGCUCCCUAGACCAUCAGGAAAUCCAUCCCAUAAUGUGUGUUCUUUCUCCAUUAUGUCAAAUUCUUCUAUAACAGGGAGAGGGUCAUUUCGACCAAUCCAGUCCUCUCUGACCAAAGCUGCUUUGUCUCGACCCAUUGUGCCCAAGGUUCUUCCAGCCCAGGCUGCUAAUCACCUGUCCAGUGCCAUUGAUUUGGCAGCUAAAAGUGCUGGUAUUAUCCCUGGGAGCCCACUCUCUGUCUUGGAUACUGAAGGUUUGCCAGGGAUAACACAAUUGUCUUCCGAGGAGGUGACAGCUACUAUGACAGGACCAAACUUGGCUAGCUCACAUCAGAAUGGGGACUCCAUAUCAGCUAUGGGGGGCCCAAGUAGUGGAUGUCGGGUUCCUUUCAUCAGUAUCCCCACAAGGCCUGAACAAGAAUCCAUCACUCCAGGUUUCCAGGGCUCAUCUGUUCUAUCCUUGUCUGAACUGUCCAAAACUCCUCUCCAAAAUGGCCUCUCUACUCCCCUUCCUACAUCUGAGGGAUCUAGUACUCGACUUUCUCCACCCAAUGUCUCGGCUCUGCUAGAUAUUUCCCUGCCUGGACCCCCUGAGGAUGUAUUAUCUCAGGGAGAACCUUCGACUCAGAUCAGUGACUCCAUCAUUGAGAUUGCUAUCAGUUCUGGCCAAUAUAGUGAAGGAGUCUCUCUUUCUCCAGCAAAACUGAAUGGCAGUGACAGUUCCAAGAGUCUUCCAUCCCCAUCCAGCAGCCCUCAGCAGAAUUGGAUUGCCUCUCCCACCCAUGAUCCCCAGUGGUACCCCAAUGAUUCCACUGAUUCUUCUCUCAGCAGCCUAUUUUCAAGCUUCAUCUCACCAGAGAAGGGCCGGAAGAUGCUACCAACUCCGGUUGGGACUGCCAGUGGUACUUCCCUAUUGGGCCCCAGCUUGCUGGAUGGAAACUCUCGCGAUUCAUUUGUCUCUCGAUCAUUGGCUGAUGUUGCAGAGGUUGUGGAUUCCCAACUGGUGUGCAUGAUGAAUGAAAACAGCAUUGACUACAUCUCCCGUUUCAAUGACCUUGCCCAAGAACUGUCCAUCACUGAGUCAAGUCGUCGUGAAGUCCUUUUUGAUGGAGGUGGAAGUGGCCCUCCAGUGGGUGACCUCUCACAAUGACCACGCUUCAUGUUAAGCACUGUAGUGGCCACAAUUAGGAGGGCUUGAUGGACCGACAUUACAAUGGACAUAGUAUGUUUGUUCCUCUGAUUGUUAGGGAAGACAUCCCAGUGAACCACUCUCAAUAAAGGCAUCAUCUUCUAAGAUUUGAACAGCUGUGCAUCCUGGAAUCUAUAGUACACCAGGAAAAGAUCACUGAACAGUAUUAGGUGAUGAAUUCCCAUGAGAGGAGCUGGAGCCUAGUGAUGUAGUUGGGAAGAAUCAAAACUAAUUCUCUGGAAUGGAAUAAGUUAAGGUUAUUAGUAAGAAAACCCCCUUCUGAGGCAGUUUGUGCCAUAUGUAAUAUUCUUAGUUCCACACAAGGUUUGGGGUGCAGGUAAAGAUUAGUCCUGUAUUAAAGCCUAAAUUUGUUGUAUUGAACAUUCCGGUUGAAAAAGGAGAAACUACAAAUUUUCUUUUUUUAAAGGAAGAAGUCAAGAGUGCCUUGGAAUAGCCCUUAAGUACUGGAGAAUUUUAAGCCACCCUUACUGGUGGGAGUGCCCAAGUCACUACUGCCUUCCUCCAAUUAAUCCUUUGAUAUUCUUUUACUAUGUCUGUAAAGUGGUGGGAGUUCAACAAUCCAUGAUGCAUUCCUUCUUCCCUGGGGAAGACAGCACAGCAUCUCUUGAGCUCUCUGAUAGUAAUUGCAUUCCAGGGCAGGUGACAGUGCAGAUAAAAGGCCUUAUAGUACUGGGGUAGCAGAGGGAGAAAUCUUGGUCUCAACUCCAUUGAAAUACCAACCUUCCCCUAAUCCCUUCAUUAUAAGUUUUGGCUGAUUUAACAGGAUGGGUAAAGAAUCAUGUCUUAUGCAGAUAACAUUGAUUUUUUUUUUAAUUUCUGAGGUAGAAAAAGAUCUUUUAUUUUGUGAAUUAAGAAGCAUUAAAGAAGAAAACCCAAUUAAGUGGAUAUCCUUCCUCCUCCCAGUUGUCUAGUUUCUUUAAGGGUGGGCCAAAGCAUCAUUUGCUCUGUUAUAGAUGAAGAUCUCCCCCAAGGCCUUUCACCUAUGGUGAAAUUUGGUUUGACAUCUGAAAAGAAAUUAGUAAUCCUUAAUAACUGGGUAGUUUUCAUGAAGUGAUUUUUCUCCAUCAAAUUUUCCUCUGCUUUUGGUUGUCCUUCAGCAUAUGUUGUUCCUUUAUCAUAUUACACACUUAAUCUUUACUCUUCUGUGAUCAUUGAGCACCUCUCACCCUUGCCCAACUUCUCUUUCUAGAAUUCUAAAAUAAGGGCUUAUAGUCAUAUAAGGUAGCUCCUUAGUAAACAAAAGCCAUGUCCUUUGUAGAAAGAGGAUUUAUAAACUCCUACAGUCAAUUCUUUGUGUAUCAGGUGCAUCCAUUAAAUCUGUCCAUAGCUAUGUCUAACAGCCAGUUCUUCUCACACCUAUUUAGGCAUCUGUGAUAAGGAUCAACCUUAUAGUGUCAUCUGUGACCUCAUCCAUCUGACAUUUAAUUUUUGGUCAGCAUCUAGUUUGCUUAUUGUUCAAUGUUUCCAUCUACUUUGACGUUAAUUCCUACAUUUGUUAAAAGUAAAAGAGGCAGUUUUUCCUCCCAGUAGUAGUCUUAGGCAGGGCUAGUAGCCUUCAAGGCUAUUGUUAGCUACUUUUUAGGUCUGGCUUCUCUCCCCAACUGAUGGAUGACUUGGUCUUUAGCCAUAUACAAUCUACAGGCAGUUUGGUUUCAAUCAAUACCUGAGAAAUGAGUAUGUAAGGCUUCUUCAGAAGGAAUUAAGUGUCUUGUAGAGAACUAUGGAAUCCAGCAAUUAGAGAUCAUUUCAUUUCUAUAAUAAAGGACAGAUAUUCUAAUCCCUGAGCCAAGGACAGAUUCCCGGUUACUGGAUGGAGAAAUCUAUUUUUCUGCUGUGUUUUUACUCUUGUUCCUGAAACUUUUAUCAGAGCUUUUCUGUGAUACCUCACUAAUAGUUCCUUAUGAGUAAAGCUUUUUUCUGGAUCUUAAGAAAAUAACAGCACAUAACUAAAAACAAAAGAGAGGAGGAAUAUGGCAGUCAGUUGAAGUGAUGUGAGCAACUGUGAUUAUGUAGUCUUUAAGCCAAUCUGACCAUUUUCUGUGUUGACUUAGCCCCCUCUGAACUCAACAGUGCUGAGGUAUAUCUCAUGCCCAUAAUAUCUUACUUAGCCAUGGGCUAAAAACCCUACUGACUGUAUCUGCAUCAAUAUUAGAAUCUUCCUGAACUCUGUACUCUAAUGCCAUAGCAAGAAGCCUUUCAGGAAUACUGCUGAAAUUAAGUACCAGUUGUGUCAUGACUAUGUGGCCAGCUGAUAAUACUUCUGAGCUAGUUACUCAGCAGGAGCUCUUGAGAUAUUAGGGCAAGAAGUAGAAAGUAGUUGGUUUUUUUAAUUAAAGGCAAAGGAAAAGAAAAAAUAUUACCAUAAGCUUAUUCAAAGAUUUUAAAAAUCAGAAGUUUCUCUGGUUUGAGUUUCUGGAACAGACUCUACUUGCCCAUGUGUGGAAUCAAUUUAAGUAAAUAACUUAUAGCUGUAAGUAAUAUUUUAAGUUAGGGCAGAGGGACCAGGAUGCAAAAAGAAAGUUAUUUGUCAAAUAUCUACAAGUCUCCUCUUUGCUAGUGAGAAAUAUGAAUUAACCACAGAGGCCUUUGUUUUUUCCUUUGGCAAAAGGUCAGUUGCUUUUCCUUGCCAUGAGUGAGGGAAAUGUCAUAGUUUGCAGCAGAAAAUUAAUCUAUUUCUCCUAGCCUUAUAAAUAUUAUGUAUAAAAAUAUAAAUCUUCACUGAAUCAAAAGUAUACCAGCAUGUCAGAAAGUAAGAGAAUUAUAUUGUUUCCAUUCAAGUGGAUGUCAUUGUUAGCCUCUCAAUAUGAACUUGUGGCUUACUAUGUGCAAAGCAGAUCAGUUUCUUGAAAAAUUUUGUCUCUGAACAUAGUAAUGUGCUUGGGAUCCUUUUUAAAGUUCUUCAUUUUUGAAGCUCCUCUUCACAUUCAGGACUGAGUAAGAACCUCUGGGUUUUCAGAGGAUUGGUUGAUAUAUUGGCCUCUCAUCUUUUUGGAGAAUAUAUAAUAGCGGACAUCUCCUGUUGUAUCUUUGAGAGAAUGCAGAGGCGACUGACUGAAUGUUCAUCCUUUCAUAUAGGGCUUAUAAUGAGAUAUGCUGUAAUCUGAAUUGACUAAUACUGUUCAAGGGGAAGAAUUAAUUGAAAACGGUUGACUUACCAGUAUUUGCUCCAUACCCCUAAGUCUGCUGGCCCUUAAGUAUAGGAAUAACCAUUGUUUAUUGGGCUACCCCCAAGAUAGAAUUUAUAGAUGGAUGGCCUUUUGAAAACUACAUCUUAAAACCAAAUCACUUCAUUGAACUCAGGCUUGUUUUGCAAAGAGAUGUUUUGUAUUCUGAUGCUGGAAACCCCUGAGGAAGAAAUUUAAGUACUGGGAUGCAUUUUUGAGGGAAUACUGCACUUUGGUGGGUUUUUUUUUUUUUAAACAGCUUCCCAAACCUUUAUAGCUCUCCUAAUUCCACAGUAAUUUGUAAGUAAUAUUAAGUAAGUUAAACCUUGGAAGCACUACAGUAACCUGUUAUCAUACUUUACUGGAACAGGAUAACUGGCUUUAGAGCUUAUGGUUUGGCAGCAGAAUUUAUUGCUGUUUCUUUGAAAAAUAGUUAAGCCAUAUCAUCUAAGGUUUUUGGCUUGUUUGAGAUGUGAAUUUGUUUUAUAGAUUAUAAAUAUACAUAUGCAGUGUAUGUAUAAAGCAGAUUGCCUGUCCUUCCUGAUUAUUUUUUGUACCAUAUUGUAAAUUAUAUUAUUUAUUCUUUACCAAUUUUGGAAAAAAAAAGGUGUUUUGGCUAUUUAAUAUAAUAAACAAAAGCUGUUAAACUUCCUAUGUUUAAAUUUCCAGUUCAACUUGUAAAUCUGUUUUUAUUAUUGUGCAUAAAUACAUACUAAUACUUGAUCUAA